CCCAUGAGAACUUGACGAUCGCUUCACAAAAACAGCUUGACCUCGACCAUGGUACAAAAUCGAAUUGCGAACAUCUCAUCUGAACUAGACGAGAGAAUUCGAGAGACCGCAGCGACCCUCAUUGGUGGCUUUGCAAAAGCUCCUACGGCGUCAUCCACUCCGAUGGUGAUUUCGAACAACGUAAAUUGUGCGACCAUCCAGGCAAAUGCAGCACAGUUAUCAUCACGAAACGCAACGGUUGUGGUUUUGUCGAGUAUUGGCUUUGGUAUAGAUCCUCUCUCCUCCCCUUUUGAUGCUACAGAAGCAGCUGUGAAGGCUGUCCGUGAUGCAAUUGAGAGAGGAGUGCUUAGGCUUCCUACAGCUUCUGAGGGAAACCUGCACUUGCACGUAAAAAUUGGAGUCCCGCCUCGAAUUACAGGCCUUACAGAGCCUCUCGCCGUUGACAUGGCGAGAAUUGCCCCACUUCUUCCGACCUUUUUAAAGGUAAUGCCGAUUGAAGUGGUUGUAGGAGGACUCUUUAUCCCUCCCACCGAUGCGAGUACCCCUACUGGCGUUUGUACUGCGGUAGCCUGCCUCACGCUUCACCAACGAGUGGCGAAAUCAUCGUCACAUUCUUCUCAACCUGAGGCCAUCAUAUCGUCUCCUACCAGUGUUACCUCGCCAGAUUCUCCCGUUGCACCGCCUCGAACCUGGGCUGAAGUCGAGCAAUCGCAACACCCUUGUCCAAUGCCUGCUCACGAUCAAGACCGAAUACAGGCGCAUGACCAAAUUCGGCAACAGCUGCAGAAACUCGCCUCAACACAUUUCGUUGCACCAGGCGAUAUUGAGAAAGAUGGUUUCCGCCGUAGCACAUCCAUCGACAUGUUGGCACGAGUCAGUGUAGAGCUUCAAGAGCAACAACCAACUUCUAUGGAAGGAGCAUCGGUGCCACGCCACAUUUCCACCAACAGCAGUACGAGCUUGUCUUUGGAAGGAGGCGAUGGAUUCUAUUUUAACGCAGCAAACAACUACAACUACAAGAAACUUCCACCUGGCGUCACUCCGAAAAAUAACAGACGUCUCUUUGUGCGUCAUACCUAUCGCGAUCACUCUUCGGAAAUACCAGCAAUUCCGGAGGAGAUGGAGCUUAUGUCACAUAAAGCUCCACUGCGAACCCCCAAUGCGGCCUUUCCACUAAAGCUACAUGAGAUCCUUUCGCUGAUUGAAAGCGAUGGACACGACGAUAUAAUUGGAUGGCUUCCUCAUGGACGAUCCUUCAAAAUCCACAAGCACAAAGAGUUUGUCGAAACCAUCCUUCCAAAGUACUUUGUCAUGACGAAAAAGUCCUCAUUUUUACGACAAUUAAAUCUCUACGGUUUCAACCGCCUAAGCGGCAUCGGUUCAGACCAGGGCAGUUACUACCACGAGACGUUCCUUCGUGGAAUGAAGUUCCUCAGUCGGCGCAUGCAACGCCAAAAAGUCAAUGGGAACGGCAUCCGUGCCGCCGGAAAUCCUGAUGAAGAACCGACUCUGGCUCACUUCCCAGAGUGUCCUGUCCAAGCCGUUCUUCGCGACUACGCUCACGACACCAGUAGCCACGCUACGGAUACGACGGGUGAUGAUUCGCUCACGGGUCAUCGUCAAUGUUCGGCUGUUGGUGUACAAGUCAGUUUUCCUUUGAAGUUGCAGCGUAUCCUGGACAAAUUGGAAGCGGAAGACAAGCAUGAUGUUGUGUCUUGGUUGGCUCACGGUCGGGCCUUCCUUGUACACGACCCUGACCGGUUCGUGUCCGAAAUCAUGCCGAUGUACUUUAAUCAGACCAAGUAUUCCAGUUUUCAGCGCCAACUCCACAUGUACAACUUUCAGCGCAUCACCGCAGGUCAGGACAAAGGUGCCUACCAUAAUUCAUACUUUCAACGUGGCAAGCCGGCUUUAGCCAUCAAGAUGCAGCGAACCCGAGUCAACGGGAAAGGGACACGCCGCCCGGGUAAUCCGCACGCUGAACCGAAUCUGUACAAGAUGGAAUCACUUCCCGGAAUUCCAUUCGGGGCCAUCAUUGAUGUUCCUGUUGACAUGCCCGGUAGCGGCAGUGGCAGCUACGACCAGCUAGACGAUGCAUCUGGGAGUGGGGAAGAAAAUUAGUAUUUCAAUGGAAAUCAUGGAUAAAGGUAUUUCGGAGAGCUUUGUGCUAGACCUGUAUAUUGCAACGGAGUAGAGGACUCUAUUGGUACCCCUCUAGAAUCAUUCUCUUGGCAUAACAAACUAUAAUCAUCACUUACAAUU